AUGUCUAUAACUUGCAGUGAUAAUCUUGUUGGUGUUGAUGCUGCUACAACCUCUAAUCAGUUUGCUACAACAUCUUCUGGAAAUGCAAACAAGAGUACCAAUGUAGAUAAUAAAGAAGGUGAUCAAAUUAAGGGGAAACUUAAAGUUAGAGCUAAAGAUGUUCUGAAAAACAAAGCAAUGAAGAAAGAACCAAAGAAGGAAGGCAGAGGGAAAAAAAGGAAAAGAAAGGUUGAUGAGAGUGAUUCUGAUGAUGAUAUUGAAGUUGUUCAUGCAGAUCAAAUGGAAUGUAGAGCAUUAAGUCAACGAAUUACUCCCAAGAAUUUUAUGAACACCGUGCUUAAAGAUUUGCCAAAAUCUCAUAAGGCAGCUAUUAGAAAAAUUGGCUUUGGAGGUUUCUUAGAUUUGGAUUUAGAUGCACAUAAAUCUGUAUUUUGCUCUAAGCUUGUGUCGAGUUUUGACUGUGAUAGGGUGUCUUUAGUUCUUGAGAGGAACCAAGAGAUUGAAAUUACACCUGUAGACAUACAUUUGGUUUAUGAAUUGCCGAUGGGAGGAGAAAUUAUUAAAGAGCAGCAGCAAGAGGAGGAUGAAGAAUGGGUUGAUUUUAUUAGACAAUGGAGAUCUUAUUUUGGGUUAAGUUGUGGAAGUCCAUCCAACUCUGUGAUUAUUAAUCGAAUUGAAGAGUUAAAGAAGCAACCUGUGUGUGAUGAAUUCAUUUGGCAUUUUAUAGUUUCUGUUGUCAAUUGUUGUAUGAGAUCCACUGCCAACCCAUCGUUAAAUUACAGGUUCUUGUAUAGUUGCAUGGAUACAAAGAAGAUCGAAUGUUUGGAUUGGUGUGAAUAUGUUUAUAGGAGUUUAAAGUCAUCUGUAUCGGAAUGGCAAGGUGGUUCAGCUUUCUUCACCGGUCCAUUGCCUUUCUUGAUGAUAUGCUAUUUUGAUCGUUUGCAAAGAUCUAAAAUAAGCAAUCUAAGGCAAUUCCCACUCAUGUCUGUUUGGAAGAAAGAUUUGCAAGGAACGGAUGAAAUUGGAAAUGAAAAGAGGAUUUGGAAAGGGACAUGUACUUGAUAGAAUGGAAGUUGAUAGGUAUGAUAACAAUGUAUCACAAGUGGCUGGAGAUCCCGAACUUGGUGGAAGUGAUGUUAGUGGUUCUAAUGAAAUGCUGGUAUGCAUUUUUUUGGAACAUGUUUUAAACUAAAGUCUUAUUAUAGUUAGUUAUA